AUGAAUUCAUCGUCACCAUCUUCAAAUUCAUUUAAUAAUUCUAAUAAUAAUACAAAUAAUAUGAAUAAAACCGAAGAUAUACCAACAAGAGUUUCAAGUAGAAAAGGUAAAAAUUUACAUGUUGCACAUAGGCGUUCACCAUCUGAAUUAACAACUUUAAUGGUUGAACAAUAUAAUUUACAACGUCAAUUGGAUCAAGUUCAAGCUCAACAAAAACAAAUUUUGGAACAACAGCAACAACAACAAUAUCAAUAUUCUCAACAACAACCUUCAACUACACCUUCAAAUUUUGAUGGUGGAAGUACAUGGACUUGGGGUGUUGGGCAUGAUAGUUCAACUGUGAAUCAAAACAACAACAAUAAUAACAACAGCAACAUAAAUCGUGGGUCACAUUCAAGAUCAUCCUCAAUUAAUACUCAUAAAAGAACUGGUUCUGCAAGUGGAACAGCUCAUGGGCAUUCAAGAAGACAUUCAUUAGCAUUAAAUGAAGCAAUUGCUGCAGCAGAUCAUCAAAGAACUAAUAGAUUAAAUACAAGUCCAAGAUUACAACAUAAUUCAGAUUUAGAAGAUGAAACUACCACUUCCACCAAUAAUAAUAAUAAUAACAAUAAACCUGCAUCAUUUAAAUUUCCACCAGAUAAACCUAAUGAACCAGCAAGUCCACCUUUUACAACUCAUAAUCGUUCUAGAUCAAUGGCUUACGGUCAAAAUCAAAAUCAAACUCAAAAUCAAAAUCAACAAUCAUUUAAGUUUCCAGCUCAACCAUCAGAUAAUUCUAAUUUAUUACCUCCAACACCAAAUUUUAGCAUUACUCAAUCACCGGAAAGAGGUUCUCAUAAUAGAAGAACUUCUCAUUUUAGAACAGCAUCAAGAAAUUCUGAAGGAAUGAAUCAAAAUUGGAGAAGUCAACAACAAUCUCCUCAACAGCAACCACUGCAUUUACAAACUCCUCCACCUUUACAACAACAUCAAAGACAAUCAUCUACAAUAGAACCACCUGGCAUGUUUGUUCCUGGACACAGACCUCGUAAUAGUUCUUAUGGUGGUGGUUCCUCAGUUUCAUCAUUAUCACAUUUUUUACCAAAUAUUCCAGUUCAACCGGGUUCUCAACCAACUGCCGGUAAUAAUGGUCGUAAAUCACUUUUUGCUCCUUAUUUACCUCAAUCAUCAUUACCAGAAUUAAUUAAUGAAGGUAGAUUAGUUACUGGUAUAUUAAGAGUUAACAAGAAAAAUAGAUCAGAUGCAUAUGUAUCAACAGAUGGAUUAUUAGAUGCUGAUAUUUUCAUUUGUGGAUCAAAAGAUCGUAAUCGUGCUUUAGAAGGAGAUUUAGUAGCUGUUGAAUUAUUAAUUGUUGAUGAAGUUUGGGAAUCUAAAAAGGAAAAAGAAGAAAAAAAGAGAAGAAAAGAUCAUAAUACAAGACCUUUAAAUGAUGAUAUUCAUAAUGAUGCUACUUCUGCACCAAUAACUACUUCUUCAGAUAAAGAUGAUAAAGAUGAUGAAUCACUUUUAGGUAGAAGAGGUUCAUUAAAACAAAGACCAACUAUGAAAAAAAAUGAUGAUGUUGAAGUUGAAGGACAAUCAUUACUUUUAGUUGAAGAAGAAGAAAUUAAUGAUGAAGUUAAACCACUUUAUGCAGGUCACGUUGUUGCAGUAGUUGAUAGAAUUCCAGGUCAAUUAUUUGCAGGUACUUUAGGUUUAUUAAGACCAGCACAAGCUGCACAAGCUGCAAGAGAUAAAAAAUCAGGUAAUGAUUCCUCAAUUCAUACCCCAAAAUCUCCAAAAAUUGUUUGGUUUAAACCAACCGAUAAAAAAGUUCCAUUAAUUGCUAUACCAACUGAACAAGCACCAAAAGAUUUUGUUGAAAAUCAUGAAAAAUAUUCUGAUCAAUUAUUUGUUGCUUCUAUAAAAAGAUGGCCAAUAACUUCAUUACAUCCUUUUGGUACUUUAGUUUCAAAAUUAGGUAAAAUUGAUAAUCCAGAAGUUGAAGUUGAUUCAAUUUUAAGAGAUAAUAAUUUUCUUUGUGAUGAAUAUCCUGAGGAUGAUAAUGAUUAUGUUACUUAUGAUAUUCAACCUGUUGAUGCAGAAUUAUCAAACCCAAAUAGGACAGAAUAUUUGAAUGAUUAUAUAAUUGCCUUUUCACAAAAUGGAGAAUUUGUUGAUCAUGCAUUACAUGUUAAAAGGUUAUCCAACACAAAGAUUGAAUUAGGAUUUCAUGUUGCUGAUGUUGCACAAUUCAUUAAACCAGGUUCAACAGUUGAUCGUAAAUCUAAGAAAAGAUCAACUUCAAUAUUUUUACCACAAAAAUCAGUUCAUUUAUACCCAAAACAAGUCAACAAAGCAAUUUCAUUUAAAGAAAAUGAAAAGAAUUUAGCAAUUUCAGUUGUUUUUGAAAUUGAUACAACAAAUUUUGAAGUUGAAGAUUUAUUUAUUCAUGAAUCAGUAAUUGUUCCAAAACAAAUUGUCUCUUAUAAAUCAUUUAAUCAAAUUAUGGAUAACAAACAAGUUGAACCAAUUUCUUCAGCAACUUGUGAUUAUUUAAAAACUUUUAGUCUUAUUGCAAAAGAAUUCCGUCGUCAUCGUUUAUCAAACAAAUCAUUAGGUAUUACUCCAAACUUAUCAUUAUUAGAUCAAUUAGAUGAUGAAAAAGUUUCAUUAAGUUUAAAUAUUUUUGAAGAUAACUUAGCAUCAGAUAUUAUUUCUGAAAUUGGAUUAAAAGUUAAUUCAGCAAUAGCAGCCAAAAUUCAAGUUGGUUUAGGCAACAAAGCAUUUUUAAGAAGACAAGCUUUACCAACAUUACAAAAAAUUGAAUCAUUUGCUAGAAAAGCUACAAAUUUAGGUUUUAAAAUUGAUACAACAAAUUCUGCAAGUUUACAAAGUUGUAUCUUGAAGGAAAAUUUUAAUAAUCAAAGAAUUUUAGAAACUUUAUUUUAUAAAUGUUCAACAAGAGGUAAAUAUUUUAUUGCUGGUAAACAAGAUUCUGAUAGUUACAAUCAUUUUUAUUUCAAUCUACCAUUAUUUACUCAUUUCACAGCUCCAUUAAGACGUUAUGCUGAUUUAGUUGUUCAUAGACAAUUAAAAUCAGUAUUAAACAAAACUGUUGAUGAAACUGAUAUUGAAUCAUUAAAAUCUUUAGCUGAUUAUUGUAAUUUCAAAAAGGAUUGUGCAGCAAAUGCUCAAGAACAAUCAACUCAUUUAUUAUUAUCACAAACAAUAAAUGGUCUUAGUGAAAGUGCUGGUCAAAUCUUAUGUAUGGGAACAGUUAUACAAGUUUAUGAAUCAUCAUUUGAUGUGUUCAUUCCAGAAAUUGGAGUUGAAAAAAGAGUUCAUGGAGAUCAAUUACCUUUAGUAAAAGCAGAAUUUGAUAAAACUAAUAGAGUAUUGGAAUUAUAUUGGGAAAAAGGUGUUGAUUCUGCAACUUAUGUACCACCAGAUGAAAAAUCCUCAUUAUCUUAUAGAAAUUCAAUCAAAAACAAGUACAGAACUUCUUCAUUACAAGCUGCUAAAAUUCAAAAUAGAUCAAUCUUGGAAAACAAUAAUAAUGUUUUCACAACUGAUUCUAUUGUUGAAAAAUUGAGUAAAUUAAAUUUAGAAGUUCCUGAAUUUAUAAUCCCAAAAUUGAAAAACAACAAUAGCAACAACAAUAAUAAUUCAGAUCAAUCAUCAUCAACAGCAUCAACAACAAAAUCAAUGCCAACAUCUCCAAUUCAAUCUCAUGCUCCAAAAAACACAAGAACAAAUUCAUCAUCAGGAGUAGCAGAUACAAAUGAUAUUAAUGAUCACACUAACAUCAAUUCAACCACAACUGCCACUAACAAUUUAAAAAAUUCAAGUUCAGGUUUAGCUCCAUAUAUUCAAAAUCUCGAAUUAAAACAAGAUGGGGAUUAUAAUAUUCAAAUUGUUCGAGAAUUAAGUGAAAUUCCUGUUUUGUUGAGAGCUGAAAUUGGUAUGACACUUCCUUGUUUAAGUGUUAGAAGUGUUAAUCCAUUUAUGUGA